AAAAAAUAAUUGCCGCCCGAUAAUAAUAACUUCUUUAUAAAGCAACUCUUCUUCUUCUUUCUCUCUUCACUUUCUCUCUUUUUAACCUUUUUCUAAUUACCACUUUCUUCUCCAUAUACAAAAAAAACAGAGAACUCACAAUGUGCGAUUCAGAUUUUCUCUCUCGUUGCUCUUCCUACGAAGCAGACGUUGAUUCCGACAGCGAGAUCUCGACCUCCAGUUUCAGUUCUUGUUCGUACAGUGAAUCUGAGGAAGAAGAGAUCAACAAUGGUUUUGGUGUUGUUCAGUCGAAGAAGCAAACGAAGAAACUGGAGAAGAAGAAGAGUAAUGUGUUGUUAGAAGGUUACGUUGUAGAUUCAGCUGUGAAUGAUGAUUUGAAGAGAACCAAGAGUUUAACGGACGAUGAUCUCGAGGAGCUUAAGGGAUGUGUAGAUCUAGGGUUUGGGUUUAAUUACGAGGAGAUUCCUGAACUUUGUAAUACUUUACCAGCUCUUGAGCUCUGUUACUCGAUGAGUCAGAAGUUUAUUGAUCAAGAUCAUCAUCACCAUUCUUCUUCUUCGCCAGAGAAGAAAUCAUCGGUUCUUGAUUCUCCUGUUAGUCCUAUUGCUAGCUGGAAGAUCUCUAGUCCUGGUGAUAAUCCUGAUGAUGUUAAAGCAAGGUUGAAAUUUUGGGCACAAGCUGUGGCAUGUACUGUGAGGUUAUGUACUUGAAGAUGAGAUUUGGAUUUGAUCAACCAAAAGCUGAGGAAUCAAUGGAGGAGGAAGAAGAUGGUGAAACCAGACAAUUUGCAGGAGUGAAAUCUCUUAUGAGACUGACCUGCUUGAAAACAACCAUUGUUGUAGAGCUCUUUGCUCACACUGUAUGUAUAAAAAGAUUAAUGAUCUAAGAAGAUUUUGCUAGGACAUUGUUGUAAUGGAUGAUUAAUAAGAGAGAAAUAAAUAAAACUUUGUUCUUUAUUG